AUGAUAUUGUAUCCUGUUGGUCAGCAGAGGUAACUUUAUCAAUCUGUGAACUUUCAGACUUAGUCUUACAAAAAUAAUAAAUUAAAUUAAUAUUGAUACACAUUGCCUGGUCUAGCGAUACAUUAAUAUUAUUUGUGUGUUUUUUAAAUCACUAUAUUAAGCUGUCAAAGUCUGAAAGUUUGCUGAAGGACCUGUCAAAAACAUUUCUCUUUAUCUUGAAAACAGUGUAAGUUGUGAUAGAUAUGGUGUUAAGGCAACAUCUGGAAGAGUCUUAAUCCAGGCAAGAUUGGGGGAAACUGGUAUACAUGGUUUCCAAAUUGCUCCUUAGGUGACAGUGCAGCGGUGCAUUAGUUGUGGUCACUAUGCUUGCCACUAAAUUACAGAUCAAUUCUUUUUGGACCUCAAGAGUUGUCUAGAUGAAGGGGCAUUUUUAGUCUAUUAAAUCAGUGGUUUGUUCGCUCUUGUGCAAUCAAAAGUAAGGAUUUUUUACAGACCCCGUUACUUCAUCACCUUCGCCACUAUCAGAAGGAAGAAAAUUAUUUGAAUUAUCACAAAAUACCUCAAGAAAAUUUUAAACAGUUAAUGUACAAAAAAAUUCUUUAAUUCGUUAACUGUUACUAGUGUCCAGAAUUAUUUCUGGAAGCACAUAUCUAACCCAAGUUUAGUGUCACAUCUGAAAUUUGUAGCCCCAACAUUUAAUUUGAUCACACAUAACAUUUACUAUAUUAGUUCAAAUUAAGAGAUUAAAGGUGAGAUACAAAAUAUGAAAAAUAAAUUCCAAACGUUUUUUAUUUAUUAAAUAUAGUCACAUGGCCCAAAAUGUGCCAGUUGAACUGCACAUGCACGAAGCAUUGUUUGCUGCCAAGUCGGAAACAUAAAACUUUCAAAUACCCUCAUUUUAUCAUUACUUACACACUAUCAAUUUUUAUUGUUAGUGAAAUUUAAGGACUUUUAAAGGUCCUUAUUCAAAUAAAGGCAAAUAAAGGACCUUUUAAAAGGAUAUUAGGGAAGCUUACGAAGUGCCAAUUGCUGGGAAGUAAGGAGUUUGGGUGAAGAGUGUCACACAACAUUGGCCAGUGAAAGAGUCUUGUCUGUGCAUCGGGCUGGCUGGUGUGCAAGUGGAAGGUGUUCGUGGAGUUUACUGCACAGUCUGUGCAACUGUGACUGUAGAACAAAUAAAUACUCUACUGCAAAUGUUUCUGAUAAUAGUACUGAUUGUGUUAGCUAUUUAGUAAGUUGAGUAGUAUCUGUAUAUCUUUUUCUGGAAAUCACUCCAUGGAAAUUAUGGAUUGGUUUCUCCUUCAUUCAAGACAAAUGUUCGUUAUCAAAGCAUUCAAGCUCUUUGAUUUGUGUGUAUGUGUAGCCAAUAUUUGAAGACCUCACUGUCCGAGAUGUGCAAUAGGUAACUAAGGGAUUCCAUCCCAUGGGGUAGAAAUUGUAACUGCAGAGACUGAGACCUAGUUUUUUGAAGUAGUUUUGGCUCAUCUGCUAGAUAGUAGCGUUUACUUAUGUAGCUACAUUGAUUUUGAAAAGUUAUCAGGAAUAUAUCCCAGUGAGAAUUAAUUUAUUUUAUUUUGAUGGCCACAUAUUUUUGUGGUGUGGCAUACCAGAAAUUUUGCAUAUCAUACAAAUUUAUAUAUUCACUCAUUUUUUUUUUUUAAAUUACAAAAACGCAUUAAGUGCCUCUCACACAGUUAAAUCUCUGUUUCUAAGCAAUUAGUCAAGUAGUUAAAUUAAAUUUUUUUUAACACUUUGGAUUUGAACCUCGAACUUUGAAGCUGUGUUUGCUCUGGUCUUGAACUACACUGUAGGACAUGGCCAACUCAUUUCCCAAUAGUUUGUGUGUGAUGCGCCUACAACGACAACGAAAGAGGCAUAAAUUACAAUUAAAACUGCAUAUUUCUUUUUCACUCUCACGGUAGCGGUAGAGGAAUUCGUAAACAAUCGACUUUUGUUAUGUAUUCAAUUGUGCGGCGAACAAUAGAUUGAUUCGUUGAGGCAACUGUGGCCGGGAAGCGCAGUUGAAGAGGUUAUUUGCAACAACGGAGUGAGUAUUCUGGAUGCCAGCGACUGUCCGCGUGUGCGUGGCGUCGCGCGUAUCGACUAGCGACUAUCGAGAGUCGCCGCGCGAGAUCGACUCGGCGUCGGCUUGCGGCGCUGCCCGACGGGGACCGCGCUCGGGCAGUCGUGCGUUCGUCUCGCCCGAGAGAGCGUCUGUUGCCUGGGAGUCCACGCGUCCUGGCUGUCAAUGAACCGACCUGGUGUCGACCGGCGGGGAAGAUGAGGCGGUGUUGGCGCGGCUCCAGCGAAGUGAUCGCUCGUUCAGGUACCAGUGUUCCAGUUUUGAGGGACUGACGUUUAUCAAACGAUAAUGGAUUUAACUCCUAAGAUUACUGACAUCAACAUGGCAGAUCAAAAGAAAGCUAAGAUCGAGCGUGCUGUUAGCAUGAAUGUGGAUAAGAUCCCACUAACAGUGAGGACCAAGUACAAGACAGCCUCAGCAUCCCUCAGAACUCGGUGGAAGACUCUGAGGAUGGACCAAGGUUUCCGUGACUCUGUGAUUUCAAGAAAGGAUGACACUAUACACGAUUACCACUGUGUUAAGCAUGGUCGCUCGCCGCCAGUAGAUGACAUUGUUUUUUUUGAGAGUCUGGAAGAUAUUUCCACAGUUCCAGAGGUUACAAUGCAGAUUUGUGCAGACUACAUUCGUCAAAAUAUUAUUGACCAAAUGAGAUUUGUCUCUGACCAUGAAGAGUUGCUGUCGAGGAUAGAACGAGGCGAGUUAACUGAUGCCAAUGUUGAAGAAGUUCUCCGUGGCUGUACAGUAACAGAGAAGAACUUGUGUCUGUUAUGGGCAGCAUUUCUGAAGCGAGAAGAUCUUUUGGAAGGCUUGCUUAGGUGUGGUGCAGAUGUCAAUUAUACUGAGCCUGUAGAGGGUUUCAGUGCUCUCCACUUGGGUGCUUUUGUUGGGUGUAUCAACACUUGCCAGUUUCUAAUCUCAAAUGGUGCUUCAGUCAAUCUUGCUCCAAAAAGUUACUCCCCAUUGCACAGUGCAGCCUUUGGGAACUCUCAUAGAGUAUUGAAGUUGUUACUUGAUAAUGGUGCAAAAGUUGACAACAUACCUGGCAAGGGAUUAGGAGGUAAUCUGUAUGGAAGCCCAUUGCACUCAGCAGUUAAGGCCAAUGCUAUCGACUGUGUUGAGUUGUUGGUGACUGAAGGUGGAGGGAUAAAUGCUUUGGGACCAGGUGGGUACACACCGCUGCACAUUGCUGCUGAUCUUGGCCACGCCGGCUGCAUGAAGAUCCUUCUGGAAAUUGCUCAUGCCAAUCCAAAUGUCAAGACUGCGGAGAAGCGUGCAUCAGCACUGCAUCUGGCAGCAGAAGGUGGCUUUCACGAAUGUGUGUGCAUGUUGCUGGAGCAUGGGGCGGAAGCUGACGUGAGGAAUAUCCGGGGACAGACUCCCCUCCAUCUCGCAGCGAAAGCACAGUCUGUUGAUUGUGUGGAGACUUUGCUCAAGGUGGGAGGCUGUGAUGUGAACACUCUAGAUGUUGAUAAGCGGAGCCCAUUACAUGCUGCAGUCUGUAGAACGUUGCUUGCUUUUGAAGUUGUAGAGGUGCUGAUUUCCUGGCGAGCAGAUGUUAAUGCUCAAGACAAGUAUGGGUAUACACCUCUUCAUGUUGCUGCUCUUAAUGAGUUAGCACAAUGUGUAGAGACACUCAUUUACCAUGGAGCAGACAUCACUGCUAGGAGCAAGAAUGGGACCACAGCUUUGAGCAUAAUCACUCGAAAAACUCCAGGUUCAAUUAGCAUGCUUUAUCAGAAACUGGAUUCAUCUAUUUCUCUUCAUGAUCCAGAAGCUACUAAUAGAGAAGUGGAGCUGAAAUUGGACUUUAGAGUUCUUCUUCAACACAGCAGGAGAGGUGAAAUAUCUUUUUUGAAGACUUUGGUAGAUGAAGGACAAAAGGAGGUACUACAACAUCCGCUUUGUGAGGCUUUUCUUCAUUUGAAAUGGCAGAAGAUACGUAAAUACUAUGUCAGUAGGUUGUUGUUCAAUUUCAUUUUUGUUGUGGCUCUAACCCUUUAUGUUUGGAUGGCUCUCGCACACAAUUGUUUCAAUGAAACCAAACGUGACCUUAAUGCAACACAAGAAUCAAAUGACCUUUGUCAAAACAAUUCGGUCGUCAGUAAACUUAUUCAGAAACAUCCCUUUAUUGUUGAGAUCGAGUGGUUUGUGCUAGUUUUCAUCACGGUGUGCGAGACAGUACGGAAGGUUUAUGGCAUAGCGGGUUAUAGGUACUCUUCUGUAUGGCAUUAUUUGUCACAGCUGGACAACAUUGUAGAGUGGUUAGUAAUUAUCUGUGUGUUUGUAAUAUCCUUCAUUUAUACAGGACGCACAUACAGUUGGCAGAAUCACAUAGGAGCUUUGGCUGUUUUGUGUGCCUGGACAAACCUAAUGGUGAUGAUAGGACAGUUGCCAAUGUUGGGUUCUUAUGUUGCUAUGUACACAAGGGUUCAAAAAGAAUUUUUGAAGUUGCUAACUGCUUACGUCUGUUUGCUGAUUGGGUUCACCAUAACUUUCUGCGUAAUUUUCCCCACGUCGUCAGCUUUUGCAAACCCUUUCAUCGGACUCAUUAAAGUGUUGGUGAUGAUGACCGGUGAACUCGACUUGGAUCUUGUGCUCGAAGGCAGUGGGAAGAAACCGGCUUUCCUACUGGAGAUCAGUGCACAGGUUACCUUCAUUCUGUUCCUUCUUUUCGUGACGGUGAUCCUCAUGAAUCUGCUGGUGGGCAUAGCUGUCCACGACAUUCAGGGACUCCAGAAAACUGCGGGGCUGUUGAAGCUGGUCCGCCAGACCAACCUGAUAGCCUACACGGAGUUGGCGCUGUUCUGUGGCUACCUGCCGCGGUAUUGCCUCGGCCUGCUGCAGUCGACGGCGCUCGUCUCGCCGUCUGCGUACCGGGUGGUGCUGCACGUGAAGCCCCUCAACCCCCAAGAGAAGAGGCUGCCGUUCGACGUCCUGCAGAAUGCCUACGAUGUGGCCAAACGAAGGAAACACAAUGGCCACACCAUAUCGUCGCGCGGCUCCACCAAUACCACGUCAUCCGCCUGCACGAGGUUUCGCACUUCCGUUUACGACCCUAACAUUCAAGCUCUGUACGCCAAUUUGGAUGAAAACUCUAGAACUAUAAACCAUCUAAUGGGAGAUAUUGUUGAGAUUAAAAAACUAAUGAAGUUAAAUGAAAUACUAAUGCAGGAUAUAUUAGAUUCUUUAAAUAAAAAAACUAGUAGCUGUUAGCUCCUAUUUUUUUUUUUAAAUUUUAAAUAAAUUAGUUUAUAUUUUAACUUUAAUUUAUGUGACGUUUAUACAGUUAAGCCUUCCAAUCAAAUUUAGCUUUGAAUUUCAUUCAGUAAAAGCAAUGUGUGUAACCUCCUUUUUAGCUUAAGAUUGUGAUGAAGCAAAGUAAAUUCAUUUUUAGAAUAAAUAAUUAUGCAUACAUUUAACUAUAAGUUACCAGCCUUUUCAUUGAAACAAGUAGCUAUAACUAUUUUGGUAAACCAUUAUUUCAAUGGCAAUGUUAAUGGCUUCAUAAAAUUAUUAGGUUGGUUUUUAAUGAAUGGUUAGUUUUUUGAAGCUCUAGUUUGUUGACAGUAUCAUUCAUCUAUUAUGUUAAAUAGUUUAUAUUUUUGAUGUAAUUAGGCAUGACCAAACUGAGGAAUAAAGAUCAAACUUAAGCUUUCAUUCUAAGAUGUGAUCUCCUAAUGUCUAUUACACUCACAAACGUUUUUGGUAUAGUUUUUAAAGAAAUAAUUUCAAGUCUUGGUGGCAUAAUGUUUAGAAAUUAAAAUUUUGCUUAAAUGUAACUAUCCAAAACAGUCGUAACUGUGCUUUUUUUUAUAUAUUUUUCAUUGAGAGUAGAUAAAAACAUGUAAUACAAGUAAAAGCUUCUUGGGAUUGUUUGUCACAAUCAGCUCUUCAUAUAAGGUGUAAUUUUUUUUUUGGUAUUUGGAAAGUAUGUCUAUGUAAAACACUGAAAAAUAAGUUUAUCACAUCUGGAUAAGAACCAAUGAUUGAAACAGUGUUACAUUAAAAUUCCGUUUGUGAUAUGGUUUUUUUUAGUGUUGUACUAGAGAUUUAAUUACAGGUUAUUAAUUUAUGUAUAGAUUUUUCUGUGUUUGUAAUUGAUAUUGUUGGUGUGCAAAAGUAUUAAAAUUGCCUGUUAGCAGGAGAACUGACUUUGUGCAUUGUGUAAUAAAACGUAUGAUAUAUUUUAUGUGUACCGGUGCUCAUGUAAUUGAAUUGGUACAGGGCCGUAGAGAGAAAUUUUGGGCCAGGGGGCUGAAAAUGUUACCGGCCAUAACUGUACGUGUGACCUGUGCAUUUAGCAUAACUUGUAAGGUUUAUAAUGAACUCUAUUAGCAAUAGAAUUGUAAUUCUGUCAUACUAUUAGAUUAAACUCAUGCGUGUAAAAAAAAAAAAA